AUUCCAUAUUUUUAUUCAACAAAAUGCAUAUUAUGGAAAACAAAUAUAUGAUAAUGUUUGAAACAUUCAUUUCUCGUUCAGGUGGAUAAUAUUGAAACGUCUUCCAUGGAGACUCUCUCAGCAUCCAUUUCAUCCUUGAACCUCCCUCCACUACCUCGUAGAUCCUUCUCCGGCCGCUUUAAACCCACCGUCACCUCAACCUCGACAAAUCUUUCAAAACCACCAACAUCGUCUUCUCCAUCUUCCUUCUCCCACCACAAAAACGUUACCUUCCCUAGAGGAAUCUCGUUACCGCUUCCGAACGCAAAACCCUCGAGAGCUCCACCGCCACCAUCUCCUCCUCAGAUUCACGAGAAAGCGGCGUCGGGAUUUGCUGCGGCGCUCGUUAGCGUUUGUCAAUCGAAGAACUGUCUUGGUCGGACUCAAGAAGAUGUCAGAAGGCUGAUGGCGUUUCUUGUGGGAGAAGACAAGAAGAGGAACAAUAACAAGGAGGGCUUAGUCAAUGAAGUUGUUGAGAGAGGUAAGUUUGGUAAACACUUGAAGGGCUUGGUCAAGAUGUUGGUUACAAGAGGCAAAUCUGGGAUUUUGUUUGAUGUCUUAUUGGAAUUUGAGAGAAUCUGUAAUGAACUUGUUGUUACAAAACUUGUCUGGGUUACUUAACGAAACAACCAAAGAUUGUAACUAAGAUUACAUCAACAAAGUCAAAGUUUACUUUUGUGUGUUUUAUCUAUAAUCGCAUUCUUGUUUUCUAUGGUGACAUUUGUUUUUGUUUCAUUGUGGAUGGACUCUUAAACGUUGUAAUU